AACUCGGAGUUCGGAGUUCGUCCGUUCUCAAUUUUCUCGUUCCAACAUAACCCUUUGGAAUCGUGGAGUUUGUGAUGACGUUUGAUGACGUGAAUCUUCUGUGAAUAUUUUGUUUUCAUUUCCGAUCGGUGAAUUUUGUAUAGAACAGACACAUGGCUGAAUUGUUAUUGGAUCCGAACAUUCGAGGCUGGGUGUUUUUGCCCAUAGUAGUGAUUACGUUCCUCGUCGGUAUUAUUCGCCACUAUGUUUCGAUACUGCUUGCCUCGCAGAAAAAGGUCGAACUUAAUCAGGUGCAGGAUAGUCAAGUUAUGAUACGCUCCAGACUUCUCAGAGAGAACGGACAGUACAUACCAAAAGUAGCUUUUAUGACCAGAAGACACUUUUUCAAUAAUGAAGAUACUGGAUAUUUCAAGACUCAGAAACGUGCUCCGGUUUCUCCAAAUCCAAUAACUGAUCCAACCAUGAUGACUGACAUGUUGAAAGGAAAUGUAACUAAUGUAUUACCUAUGGUACUGAUCGGCGGUUGGAUUAAUUGGAUGUUCUCUGGAUUUGUAACAACUAAAGUACCGUUUCCGUUAACAUUACGUUUCAAGCCAAUGUUACAACGCGGCAUAGAAUUAGUGACACUAGAUGCUGCGUGGGUUUCUUCAGCUUCUUGGUAUUUCCUCAAUGUGUUCGGACUGAGAUCCAUUUACACACUUGUGCUCGGCGAGAAUAAUGCCGCUGACACAACUAGAUUAUUGCAAGAUGAAGUAUCAGGUGCCGCAAUGUCCAUGCCACCUGAUCCCAAAGCAGCUUUCAAGUCUGAAUGGGAAGCAUUGGAGAUCUGCGAACAUAAUUGGGCAUUACAGGGAGUGGACACCAAGCUUAUGGGUAUUCCAUUGAAAUCUGAUAUAGCUGAUAAUAUAUACAGUGCUCCCCGGUUGUCAUGAGUUAUUUCUUUGUUUUAUAAAGAAAAACAGAGUUUAAGAAAAAUUUACACAUGAAAUGUCAUUUCCAUUGAUCGUUGUCUUCGAUAAGCUACUGUGUAGCAAGAUUAAGAUAGAGAGUAUUUUCUCCCCUCUUUUUAACGACACAAUCGUAACCAGGGAACACUUCACAAUUAAAUCAGUAAAAUAAAUUAAAGUUUAAUGAGAAAAUAUUUACUUUACUUUUUUAGAAGUUUUAUUUAUUUACUUAUCGAA